AUGGUUUCUGUAUCAAAACUUCCGUACGUGGUUUUCAGAGAAAUCUUGGCAAACUGCAAUGCCAGCGUUCUAUCCGCACUAUCAAACACCUCUCGACAUUUCAAUAAUAAUUUGAUUAGAGAUUUGCCCCGAAACAUGUUCAAAAUUAAAAUCAGUAUACAAAUGAUGGCAAUGCUGGAAACAUCCAAGGGUGACACAUCAGAAUCCUUUUUCAUCCCAUAUCUAGACUGUGACCGUCUAGAUCUGAAAGAUAUUCUGGAAUCGGCAAUGUUUAGUUUUAGCAAUGACAGUUUGGCUAGCCUGACCGUAUCUAUCGAUGGGAUGACACGGUUCCUGAAAUGCGACAUAGAUUCGUUGAUCAUAGACUGUGGUCAUUGUAUAGGAAUGAUGCCUCAGAUUUUAGGAUGGUUGAACGAGAGACAACAAUCCAUCAAUGAACUGAUAAUCAAGUAUGAAGCAGAGAGAGACGUUGAAGAUCUUGACUACUUUCUGAAAAAUAUGAACGUCGUCGAGUCCUUCGUCAUCUACGUCGACACUUUACCUGAUGGAAUGCGACCUCUUCAUCCGAAAUUCAAAUGCGACUUUUUGAGUGUUACUGAUCAUCCAUCAAACAACUGGAUGUCCCUGAAAGACAUUUCGAAUUCGGACUGCAAACACAUUCAACUUGAUACAUCUGAAUUCACACCGACAGAAUGGAACACGUUUUUGAAGUCGUGGAAAAAUGGAAGCAAUCAAAGAAUGGAAUACAUCACUGCUAAUAUUAUUGAAAGUGAAGAUAUGAUGAUUGAGCUAACCGAUGGUCUGAAUGUAGUGGAAAGAGAAGAGUCAUUGAUUCGAACUUUUGUGUUCGUUUCAACGCCGUGCGCUUUUUUCGGAGGGCUGGAUAUAAAACGAGAGGAUGAGAAAGUUGCAUCGGUUGUAAUUGGACCAAUAAUGCAUGACAAUGAUGACGGAAAACAAAUUCGUGCACUUACAGUAGUCGUAUGGCCAGAAGGUACUAAUUAA